ACCUUUGACAUGUUUGUCAGCCAUUACAGCAGCUUGACCACAGCACCCUGUGUUCACAUCUACAAGCUGAACAGCUCAGACAGCGACCCGCUGCACAAAGAGCCUCAGUUCUGGGCGAGCAUGAUGGAGUCCUCUGGUGUUUCCCCCUUCGACCACAGUCCUCCAGAGAUGUUUAGCUUCACAGGGAAGUCGGGCUUCGACCUAUAUGGCAUGUUGUACAAACCAAACAAUCUGGUCCCCGGCAGGAAGCAUCCCACCGUCGUCUUUGUCUAUGGCGGUCCGCAGGUCCAGUUAGUGAAUAAUUCUUAUAAAGGAGUAAAGUACCUGCGGCUGAGCACGCUGGCGUCUCUGGGCUACGCUGUGCUGGUCAUCGAUGGCCGGGGCUCCUGUCAGCGGGGACUCAAGUUUGAAGGAGCUGUGAAGGACAAAAUGGGUCAGGUGGAGAUUGAAGACCAGGUGGAGGGUUUGCACUACGUCGCUGACAAGUACAAGUUUGUGGACCUGAGUCGUGUUGCCAUCCAUGGCUGGUCGUAUGGAGGCUUCCUCUCCCUCAUGGGCCUCAUCCACCAACCUGACAUCUUCAAGGUUGCCAUUGCAGGAGCUCCAGUAACAUUGUGGAUGGCUUAUGACACCGGCUACACAGAGCGAUAUUUGGACACACCGGAGAAAAACCAGAAGGGAUACGAGGCUUGUUCUGUCGCACUGCAUGUCGACAAACUCCCCAAUGAGCCCAACAGAUUGCUGAUCCUGCAUGGAUUUCUAGAUGAGAACGUGCACUUUUUCCACACUAACUUCCUGGUGUCUCAACUUAUCCGGGCAGGGAAGCCAUACAGCCUGCAGGUUUAUCCCAAUGAGCGACACAGCAUCCGAUGUCCAGAGUCUGGGGAACAUUAUGAGAUUACGCUGCUGCACUUCCUCCAGCAGAACCUCUGAUAAGCCUUUCUAGCCUCUCCUUGUCUCCUCACUCCCAUUCCUCCACUUAUUUAAACAUGCAUCACUUUCGCUCGAUUUUAUGUUAAAUUCAAGCUAUGCCAAACCUCAUCACACCUCAAGAGUUGUGUGCCCAUCUUAAAGGUGCGGAAGCAUUUUAGCAUCAACAGAUUAUUUCAAAAUUAAUAUUCAGAUUUUAGUAUGAUCACCACAAUUGAGACCAUCAGUGAACAAAGUCUUGUUGCCUUUACUCUGUGUUUGACAGUGGAGAGAAAUCUGCUGGACUGCUUUAAGCCUCAAAACAAGCAGAGGGCGCCAUUUGUCCAGAACAAACAGGGGUGAAGCUUUCUGAGAUUGUGGUAAUGGCAGAGGUGACACAAUUUAAAAUAAAAUUAAAAAAACACAAUGUGACAUUGAUGUUAAAAAUGCUACUCGUUGCACCUUCAACAGAACAUGUCAGCAAUGCAAAAAGUACAGAAGUGGACCUGCCGCUUUGGAAGCGAUUUCUUUCCUGUUUUGUUUUUUGUGCCAUUCCUUUUUUUUAUUGAACUCACUUUGUUUUUCUGGGAUCCAACUGAUACAAUUAUUAUUUUCCUGUGUCUGUGAAUAAACACUGGAGUAAAAUUAGUAAAAAUGUAAAGUUCUAUAGGAGCAUACAAAAAGCUCUUAAUCCCCUUUGUUGUAAACUCUGUAGUGUUUGCUUUUUGCUUUGAGCCGGUGCGCUCAUGUUAUAUCAUACAUUACUUUUCAUGUGGCAUGCCACACUUGGCAGAUCUACAAGAAAAAAGUUGCAUGCCACAUUUUUAUAGUGUGUUAUUAAACAUAUUUUAUGUAUUCAUAAAUGGAAAUAUGUAGCGCACUUGUUUGCUUUCAUUUUCUGGGGAGCUUCUUUUGCUUCUGCUGCUGAGGACUUUUGCACAAAUUAAAAUUUGCCUUGGUGCCAACAAACUGGGCCAUAAGAUUAUGUAUGGCACAACUGUUGGCGGUCUGAGGUGCCUUGCAAGAGUUUAAGAGCGCCUGCUCGUAUAGUAUAUAUCAGGGAAUCUUUCUGAGGACCUACGAUAAUGAAAUGCCUUGUUACAUGUGUGUCUGAUGAUCAUCUGUAAGAUGAGCUAUCAUGACCUGUACAUGCUUAAAUGUACUCUCAGAUAUUGAAGAAAUAAACAGAAGUGAACAAUG